AAGACUUUACCAGCUGUUCCCUCAUCACAAAAGCCCGCUUUUACAUGCUGAAGGAAGAGAGAAGGAACUUGCGCGUGAGCCACCUCACAGGAUGUCUAUAGUCCGGACAGGGAAAGAUAGAGAGUCCUACACAGAGGGCUUGGACCAUAUUCUCAGCAACACAGAGUUCGAGACGUCGCAGCAGGAACAACAGAUUCAAAAUGAACUGGACAAGAUAAAAGCACACGAGAAAGAGAUUGAGGAGAAAGAGAAGGAGAUUGAAGACUUU